AUGUUUUUAUAUCUUGUAGACCCAUGUGUAAAUCACUGUGGAGUCCAAGCUGUCUGCUUAGUGGAGAGUCACAAGGCUGUCUGCCGCUGUCGUCCUGGUUACACAGGUGACCCCUAUCUGGGUGGUUGUGAGAGCAUACAAUUUUGUGAAUUAGCACCUUGUCAUUCAUCAGCUAAGUGUGUUCAUGUGCCUGGAAGUUACAAGUGCCAUUGUCCCACAGGAUACCUUGGUGAUCCUUAUACAAAUGGUUGCCAUCAUCCAAAUUCUUGUCCAAAUGGAGACUCUGAUUGCCCAACAGAUUCUGCUUGUAUGGAUGACCCAAAUGAAGGAUUCUUAUGCAAAAACCCUUGUGAACAAGCAAGCUGUGGGUCCAAUUCAAAUUGUCAAGUCAUUGAUCAUCAAGCAACAUGCUCUUGUCUAGAUAAUUUCCGUGGAAACCCUACACCUAAUGAUGGUUGUGUAAGAGUUUCUCAGCACUGUUUGCUAGUAGAAGAUUGUGGCUCUGACAACCAAGCCUGUGUAAGUGGACAGUGUAGACUGUUUUGCACUCGUGACAGUGAGUGUGCUGUUGGAGAAAAAUGUAUUAAAAAUCGCUGCACAAUUCCUUGUUUUUCUCACAAUAACUGUCCAUCUGGUGAGGCAUGCAUCACAAAUGGCUUCUGCCAACUUGGAUGCAGAGAAAAUGCAGAAUGUGGUCCAAAAAUGGCCUGUAUCCAAAAUAAAUGUGAAGAUCCUUGCAAAAUUGUAGGAGUUUGUGGAUCACAUGCUCAUUGUGAUGUGAAAAAUCAUGAGCCAUCAUGCUCUUGUCCUCCAGGCUUUGAAGGAAACCCAUCACCAGUAUUGGGCUGCAAGCGUGUGAUUACUGUCUGCUCACCUGUAGACUCCUGCCCACCACCUUUCAUCUGUGUAAUGGAACGGUGUCGUCCACCAUGUGAUAAAUGUGUUGAAGGAGAAAAAUGUAUUGAUAAUAUCUGUUUGGUUUCCUGUACAAGUGACAGUAACUGUCCAACAGGAGAGAUCUGUAUUAACCAGCACUGUCAAGUUGGAUGUCGAAACACUGCUGAUUGCCAUUUGAGUCAAAUAUGUGAUUCUUAUAGUUGUAUUUGUAAGACAGGGUUUCAACGUAAUGCAAGUGGAUGCUCAGAUAUUGAUGAAUGUAGCUCUAACCCGUGUCAUCCAACUGCUACAUGUGAGAAUUCUCCUGGUACCUUCUAUUGCGGAUGCCGCACAGGACAAAUUGGGGAUGGGUUUAAAGGAUGUUAUAGGCCCGGAGAGUGUCCAAAUGGUGACAGUGAUUGUCCAUUUAAUAGUGCAUGUGGUCAAGAUGAGAAUGGAAUUCCAAAAUGUGUUGAUCCAUGUAGUGAAUCACCAUGUGGUCCUAAUGCUGGAUGUGUUGUUUAUAACCAUAAACCUGAAUGUUUCUGUCCAAAAACUGGCCUUUUCACUGGUGAUCCUUAUGAUAAGCAGAAAGGAUGUAUUAAAGUUGACUGUCUUCAUGAUGCAGACUGUGCUACUGAUCAACACUGUUUGCAAUUCAGAUGUGAAAGUCCCUGUACUACUGUUGACUGUGGACCAGAAGGAACUUGUGUGGUCAGAAAUCGUCAAGCAGUGUGUCGAUGCCAACCUGGUUUUGAGAAUAAUAACCACUUGUCAUGUAUUGAUAUAGAUGAAUGCAAGCUACAUCCAUGUCAUUCUAGUGCCAUAUGUGAGAAUGUGCAAGGAAGCUAUACAUGUAGUUGUCCACUUGGUCUUGUAGGUGAUCCAAGAAUCUCUCCAGGAUGUCAUGAUCCCAACAUUUGCUACAAUGGGAACAGUGACUGUUUAGACACGGCUGCUUGUAUGUUGGUUGAUGGAGUACCUUAUUGUAAAGAUCCUUGUGAUGAUCCUACAUCUUGUGGUGUUAAUGCCACAUGUAAAGCAGUCAAUCAUGAAGCUGUUUGCUCUUGUCCUUUUGGAUUUACAGGAAAUCCAGAGAUUCAGUGUAAAAAAGUGGAAUGCAUCAAGAACCAAGAGUGCCAUAACAAUGAAGUUUGUUUAAAAAACCGGUGUGUUGAUGCCUGUCUUGGUCAGAUAAUUUGUGGCAAAAACACCAACUGUGUAUCACAGGAUCAUAGCAGCAUCUGUAGGUGUCAAGAUGGAUAUUAUGGAGAUCCUGUAGCUGGAUGCAGAAAAAUUAUAACGUGUGUCAAGGAUCAAGACUGUCCUAGUGGAGAAUUCUGCUAUAAUGGAAAAAUAUGCAGAGUGGCCUGUAAUUCCAACCGAGACUGUGGACUUAAUGAACUUUGUCAUGAAGAAAAAUGUAUCACUGUUUGUCAAGGUAACAGUGAUUGUCCAGAAGGCCAAGCUUGUGUAGAUGAAAAAUGUAUUAAUGUUGACAGAUGCAGUUCUGACACUGAUUGUGAGGGUAUAGAAACUUGUCGAUCAAACAGCAAAGGAUAUAAUGAUUGUCAAAAUUCUUGUGCAACAGUACUUUGUGGUCAAAAUGCUAUUUGUGUGGCUGAGGAACACACUGGUGUAUGCCAGUGUCCACCCAACUUUGUUGGUAAUCCAUUGGAUGACUAUAUAGGUUGUCAAAAAGCUGAAUGUAUUGCUCAUAAACACUGCCAGCAAGAUAAAGUUUGCCACAACAGCAAAUGUGUUGAUCCCUGCACCCUUCACUCACUAUGUGGAGAAAAUGCUUACUGUAUUGCUGAGGACCAUGCAGCAGUCUGUCGCUGUCGAAGUGGUUACGAAGGUGAUCCUUUGUCUGGCUGCCAGUUGAUUGACCACUGCGUCAAACGUCCAUGCCAUCCAACAGCUAACUGUAGGAACCGUUUUGGUGGCUAUGAAUGUCAGUGCCCAGAAGACAAGAAUAUAGGAAAUCCAUACAACCAUCCAGGGUGUCGAGGGCCUAAUGAAUGCCCUAGUGGAAACACUGAUUGUCCACCAACAGCUACUUGUGUCACCAAUGGCUUGAGUACACCAAUAUGUAAAAAUCCUUGUCAGUUGUCUGAUGUUUGUGGUCGUAAUGCUAUCUGCAAAGUUGAGUACCAUCAGCCUGUUUGUCAAUGUCCUGAGCAAUUUAGUGGUAACCCUAAUGAUCCCAUCCGUGGCUGCGUGAGAGUGCUGGUUGCUUGUGAAAGUGACAAGGAAUGUUCUGCUGGUUUUGUAUGCAGUAAUCAACGUUGUAGAUUUCCCUGUGAAUCUGUUCAAGACUGUGCAGAUGGAGAGUUCUGCAUUGAAGACCAUUGUGUUCAAGAAUGUCAGAAUGACAAUGAAUGCUUCAGAAGAGAGAUCUGUAUAGCCCAAAAAUGCCUAGUUGGUUGUCGUACUGAUGCAGAAUGUACAUCAAAAGAGUCUUGUAUGCAAAAUAAAUGCAGAGACUCUUGUGAAAGCCCCACUGUCUGUGGUACAAAUGCCAUUUGCAGUGUUGAAAACCACAACCCUCAUUGCAAGUGCCCACCAGGAUUUAUUGGUGACCCUGAAGUAGAAUGUCAUAGAGUUUUACCAAACUGUACAACUGGUGCUGAUUGUCCUCUGAAUCAUUUCUGCAUUAGAGGACAGUGUCUUGUGGAAUGUAAUACAGAUGGUGAUUGUGCUGUGGGAGAAAAAUGCUUUAAUAACCACUGUGUGGGACUCUGUCACAAUGACAGCGAGUGUCAACAGAAUGAAAUAUGUGUGAGCAAUCGCUGUGAAGUUGGCUGUCGAGCUGGUAACCAGUGUCCUGAUCAUAUGGCUUGUGUUAGCAACCAGUGUAGAGAUCCCUGUGAAGGAAGUGCUACAUGUGGACCUAAUGCAGUAUGUAAAGUUGUAAAUCAUCGAUCUGUGUGUAGUUGUCCUACCUCCUUUGUCGGACGACCUAAUGCUAAUGUUGGUUGUAUCAGAGUGUCUACCACCUGCAGUGAUAACUCUGAAUGCCCAUUUGGAUAUUAUUGUUUCAAUGAAUUUUGUAGAGUGGCUUGUAGUUCAGACAAAGAUUGUGUAGUUAAUGAGAAGUGUUCCAAUGGUCGAUGUUUCAUCCAGUGCUUACAAGAUCGAGACUGUCCAUCAGUGGAGAUUUGUAAACAGAACUUAUGCCAAGUUGGUUGUAGAAGUGACAAUGACUGUCUGUUUAAUGAGGCCUGUAUCAACAGUCAGUGUCUUGACCCCUGUGGUAGUCCUACUGUAUGUGGAACCAAUGCUCUCUGUCAAGUUACCAAUCAUCUGACUGAAUGUUUCUGUCCUCCUGAGCUUACAGGAGAUGCUAAGAUAGAAUGUAACAGAGUGCCUACAAAAUGUACCAAUGAUAAUGAAUGUGGCCCCGAGAAAUAUUGCGAUGCAUCUAUGUGUGCAGUUGCUUGCAGUAUUGAUACUGAAUGUUUAGACAAUGAAAAAUGUAUAGACCGUCGCUGCAGUGUUAUUUGUACAAGUGAUGAAAGUUGUCCAGGUGGAUAUAUCUGUGAAACAGGACAAUGUAUCCCUGGUUGUAGAAAUGACUUUGAGUGUCCCCUCAUGGAUGCCUGCAUCAGUCUACAGUGUAUCAAUCCAUGUGACAGUCCAACAGCAUGUGGUACUAAUGCUCAAUGUCAGCCAGUAGACCACCAACCAUUCUGUACUUGCCUUCCUAAUUACACUGGUGAUCCCAGAGUUGAAUGUAACAAGGUGGAUUGCAUCAUUGAUUCAAACUGUGGUGCAACAGAAAUAUGUCAGAAUUAUAAGUGUAUUGAGGGCUGUAGAUCUGAUAAUAGUUGUCCACCUGAUAUGACAUGCAUCAGAAGGAAGUGUGAGGAUCCUUGUCAAUUCAGUGCAGCUUGUGGAGCUCAUGCAAUAUGUAAAACAGAAGCCCAUACGUUGUUAUGCAGCUGUCCUGUUGGUUUUUCUGGAAAUCCUCUUUUAGAGUGUUUCAGAGUUGGUGUGUGUACUGUUUCUGCUGAUUGUAAAGAAGGACAAGUUUGUGAAGACAACAAAUGCCUUCCUCAAGUGGAAUGCCGAAAUAAUAGUGAAUGUCAGCUUGGCGAGAUAUGUCUACAGAACAAGUGCUUUGAGGGAUGUCAUACUGAUGACAACUGCCCCUUUGACCAGAGUUGCAUCUCAGGUCAGUGCCAAAAUCCAUGUUUAGUUAGAGGGGCCUGUGGAUUGAAGGCUGUUUGUUCUACUGUACAACAUGAGAGAAGCUGUACAUGUCCACCAGGAUUCACUGGUAACCCUAAGACUCAGUGUCAAGAAUUCAUAGGAACCUGCAAUUCAGAGGAUGAUUGUUUAGCAGGAACUAUCUGUCAGAAUGGGCAAUGUGUUGUAUCAAAAGGAUGUUCUUCAGACAAUGACUGUGCUCGAGGUCAGAUAUGUGAUAAUACUACGUGUGUCUAUGGAUGUAGAAGCCAUAGUGACUGUGAGUUUGACAUGGCUUGUGUGGGUCGUCAAUGUCAAAAUCCUUGUAGUGAGGAUGCCUGUGGCACGGAUGCUAAAUGUCUUGCAAUAAACCAUCAGGCAAAUUGCCGAUGCCCUGAAGGUUAUACCGGAAGUGCUAAAACUCACUGCUACCCAUUGGUGGAAGACUGCUAUGCUGACAAUGAUUGUGAACUAGGAAAACUUUGUAUCAGCAAUAAGUGUAUUGUUGGUUGUCAUGCAAAUUCUCAUUGUCCAUAUGAUAAGGCCUGCAUAGAGGGACGAUGUCAAAACCCUUGCCAAGGUAGAACAGCCUGUGGUAUUGGUGCUGCCUGUCGUGCUAUCAACCAUAAGACAGAAUGUACUUGUCCAUCAAACCACACAGGAGAUCCUAAAGUUCGUUGUACUCCAUUUAGACCAUAUCAGUGUGAGAAGGAGAGUGACUGUAACUCUGGUUUUGUCUGUGAAAAUAAUUUGUGCAUCAGUGUGGUUCAAGAAUGUAGUUUAGACACAGCCUGUGCCCCUGGUAAAAUAUGUGAAGAUAACAAAUGUGUUGUUGGAUGUCGUAGAGACUCUGACUGUACCUUUGACAAAGCAUGCAUCAACAGCCAGUGUCUCGAUCCAUGCAGUGUACCAAAUGUGUGCAGCAGAAAUACAAACUGUCGUCCUGUUGUACACCGUCCUUUGUGUACAUGUAAACCAGGUUUCACUGGACAACCUUAUGUCUCUUGUCAACAAGUUCCAGUGAGCCGUGUUCAGUGUGAUAUAGACAAAGACUGUGACAGUGGCAAGAUAUGUGAAGAUCAUCAGUGUAUUGUGGGUUGUCGUAAAGAUAGUAAUUGUCCUACAAACAAAGCUUGUAUCAACACAAAGUGUGAAAACCCUUGUGAUUUCCCUGAUGCAUGUGGUCUACAUGCCACCUGUGUUCCCAGUAGUCACAAACCAGUUUGUACAUGUCAAGUUGGCUACACUGGAGAUGCUAAUGUGAUUUGUCAUCUAGCUCCCAUUGACCUAUGUGCAAGUGAUAGAGAGUGCUCUGUUGGGAAUAUUUGUGAGGAAGGAAACUGCAUUGAUGCUUGCCGCACUGAUGGCUCAUGUCCUUAUGAUAAGUCAUGCAUUAAAAAUAGGUGUCAGGAUCCCUGUAGUUUCUAUAGUGCUUGUGGCACUCAGGCUUUCUGCCAUGCUGCCAAUCACAAAGCAGUUUGUUCAUGUCUACCAUCCUUUAUUGGAGAUCCAAAAGUUUCAUGUACUAAAGGUGAAACAGACAUUUCUUUCUGUGAAUUGGAUACAGACUGUGUUUUUGGCUCCAUAUGUAUUGAUGAAAGUUGUGUAGAGGGUUGUCGUAAUGACGAUCACUGCUCCCCAGACAUGGCCUGUAUUGGUCAACACUGUGAGAACCCAUGCUCACCACCUAAUUCUUGUGGCAUUAAUGCACAAUGUGGCACUGAUUUUCACAGGCCAGUUUGUACCUGCAAGCCAGGAUUUGUUGGAGACCCUAAUGAGAAGUGCACGUUUGUGGACACGAAUAAUUGCACCACAGAUACUGAUUGUCCCAUACAGCACAUCUGUGAAGACUCGAGAUGUGGAAUUGGUUGCCGUAGUUAUGAAAACUGUGCACUUGAAGAAGCUUGUCUCAAUGGCAUCUGCCAAAACCCAUGUAGUGUCUUCGGUGCAUGUGGACGCAAUGCUAUAUGUCAACCUAUCAACCACCGGCCAGAAUGUUUUUGCCCUCCAAAUUUCCAUGGAAACCCAAACAUUAUUUGUAAUGGAGGAUAUGUAGAUUGUAAUCAAGACCAAGACUGUGAACUGGGCAAAAUCUGUGACAACAAGCAAUGUAUAAGUGGUUGCAGAGAUGACAACAACUGUCCAUACAACAAAGUUUGUAGCAGUGGCCAAUGUUUAAAUCCUUGCUUGCUUCCUAAUAUUUGUGGACAAAAUGCUGAGUGCCAACCAAUCAAUCAUGAAGUAGCAUGUAGCUGCCCAAAGAAUAUGAUAGGCAGUCCUGUUAUCAAAUGUUCUCCAAUCAUUGAUUCAUACUGCCAUAAUGAUACUCAGUGCCCUAUUGGAAAUAUUUGUGACAAUGGUAAAUGUAUUGUAGGCUGUAGAAGUGAUAUACACUGUGCCUUUGAGGAAAGCUGCUUUAAUAAUCAUUGUCAGAAUCCGUGCACUAUUUUUGGUGCUUGUGGUGAAAAUGCUGUAUGCAAUCCAUUCAACCAUGAUCGAAUAUGUUCUUGUCCAUCUCAAUUUACAGGAAACCCAAAGAUUCAAUGUGUGCGGAUCCCAGCUGUUGUUCGCUGUAGCAAAGACACUGAUUGCCUUGCCAGUCAAAUAUGUGAUGGAAGCAGAUGUACAGAUGGAUGUUACAGUGAUAACAACUGCCCACAAAACCAAGCAUGUAUUCGUGGUAAUUGUGCCAACCCAUGUGGCCAGAGUGGAGUUUGUGGAAAGAAAGCCCUUUGUCUUCCUUUUGAGCACAUUCCCUAUUGUCAGUGCCCAAGUGGCUUCACUGGAGAUCCAAAAGUUUUAUGUAAUGAAGUAGUUGCUGGCGAUCAGUGUAAAGAAGAUGAAAACUGUGCUAUUGGUUCAGUCUGUGUUCAGUCUCAAUGUGUUGUGGGAUGCCGUACAAAUAACAACUGUCCCUUUAAUGAGGCUUGCAUAAACACUAUCUGUCAGAAUCCCUGUUUGGUUGGUGGUGUUUGUGGUGUGAAUACUUUGUGUCAAGCUCUGAAUCAUGAAGCUGUGUGCUCAUGUUUACCAGGUUAUACAGGAUCUCCAUCAUCUGAAUGCUCUGUAGCUCAGCCUGUUUGUGAAAUGGACAGUGAUUGUGGAAUUGGCUAUGUUUGUGUACAUCAAAACUGUAAAGACAUUAACGAAUGCCUUCAAGGCCAUGGUCCUUGUGCCACAGGAGCAGUUUGCACCAAUUUACCAGGCAACUACAAGUGUUCUUGCCUAUCUGACCUAACUGGAGAUCCCUAUUCUGAUGGAUGCCAUCCUGUUGUCACUAAAUGCCAUCGAGACACAGACUGUAAGUCAAAUGAAGCUUGUAAUAGGGAAACAGAAGCUUGCUAUGAUUUAUGCUCAGAGUCAGACAUCUGUGGAAAAAGGGCAAAGUGUAAGGCCAUCAAUCAUCAAGUAGAGUGUCAUUGUGGUAUUGGUCUUACAGGAAACCCUAACUUGGAGUGCAGCGAAAUACAAACCUGUGUCCGUCAUGAAGAAUGUCUUGGCAACCUUCACUGCAUGGGAAAGCGAUGUAACUGUCCUCGUCCUUUUAAACAAGAAGGAUUUUUCUGUGUUUUAUCAAGCCGUAAUUGUUCAACUACAAACCCCUGUCCAGAAAACCAAGAAUGUAUUUAUACAGGUGUUCAAAAUAGUCUAUGUGUUUGUCCACGAGGUUUUGUGAUGAUGCCAAAUGGGAUUUGUAGAGAUCUAAAUGAAUGUGACCAAGUCCCAUUCCCAUGUGGACAAGGAGCCCAGUGUUUCAACAGUGAAGGUAGCUACAUAUGUAAAUGUCCAUGGGGAACAGUUGGUGAACCAAACUUUGGAGGAUGUAAGACUCUAGAAGGUGAUUGUCUAGUGGAUGAUGACUGUCCUUCCAAUCAGGCUUGUGAUGUCACCAUCAGCAAGUGUCAUGAUCCUUGUCUGGUGGAAAGUGUGUGUGGUUUGAAUGCCCAUUGUGAAGUAAACAAUCAUAGUCCUUACUGCUUAUGUCCACCAGGAUAUACUGGAAAUCCAAACUCCAAUUGUCACAGAAUCCAUGGUUGCCAGACAACAGAACAUUGCCCAGGAAAUUUAAUUUGUUUACCAAAUAAGCUUUGUGGCUGCACUGGAGAGCUCAGUAGGAUAUUUGACUUCUGCAUUUUGACUGACAGGAAUUGUACCACCACCAGCCCCUGUCUGGACAACCAAGAAUGUGUAUACACUGAAACCAGUACAGGGUUUUGUAUAUGCCCACGAGGAUUUUCACUUCACUCAGAUGGCUCCUGUUUAGAUAUCAAUGAAUGUGUGGAACAGCCACAGCGACCUUGCAGCAUUGGCGAGUACUGCAGAAACACACUAGGGGGUUAUGAAUGUCGCUGUCCUGAUGGUUUCCGAGGUGAUCCUUAUGAUGGUCAAUGUCUCAGGUUGAAUGAUGGAAGUGGAUGCCAGUUUGACAGUGACUGUCUGCAUAGUGAAGUUUGUGAUACAUCCAGUAACACUUGUUACAAUCCAUGUGGACAAGAUCAAAUGUGUGGACAGAAUGCUAUCUGUAAAAUAGAGAAUCAUAAACCUGUCUGUUACUGCCCUCCUGAAUACAGUGGAAAUCCAUUGACAUUUUGUUUUAAGGUCAUUCAGUGUGGAGUGGAUUACAACUGCCCAGGUAAUCAAGUAUGUCUUGACACCAAGACCUGUGGUUGUCCAUCCCAGUUCCAAAGGAGGGGAGACUAUUGCUUAUUGACAAGAAGAAACUGUACCACAUCCAACCCUUGCCUUUCAAAUGAGGAAUGUGUCUAUGUGGGAUCUCAUCGAGGCUUCUGUGUGUGUCCUCGAGGUUUCAAAAUUAUGCCAAAUGGAAGUUGUCAAGAUAUCAAUGAAUGUGAACGGUCAGUUUCUGUAUGUGGAAAGAAUGGAAUCUGCACUAACUUACCUGGCAGCUACCACUGUACUUGCCCAGUAGAUACCAUUGGAGAUCCCUAUUUGAGAGGCUGUACAAAUAUCAUUAAGAAAUGUAAGGUCAAUGAUGAUUGUGCAUCAGAUAAAGAAUGUGACAGAAACAGUGGAGAAUGUAUCACUCCAUGUUACAUAUGUGGCCCAAGAUCGACAUGCACAGUCACUAGACAUGAAGCUAUUUGUGUUUGUCCAUCUAAUUUGAUAGGGGAUGCAUAUGACAAGAAUUAUGGCUGCUUUAAUGAUGUUUUUGGGCGAACCCCAGCUCCUACCAGUGAUAUGUCAGUGAUGUGUCUUGCUGAUGGGAUUCAAGUCUCAGUUCAUCUUGAUGGCUUCAAUGGUGUUCUGUACGUCAAAGGACAUAGUGAAAACCCUCAGUGUCGACGCUUCGUCACCAACAGUGACUGGCAAGCGGUUGAUUUCAAAGUGUUGUUUAAUACUUGUGGUCUCAUUCAUGUAGAUGGUGAAGCGUCCUUUAUCCUUGUUAUCCAGAAACAUCCUAAACUGGUUACUUAUCGUGCACGAGCAUACCAUGUCAAAUGUGUAUAUAACACUGGAGAGAAAACAAUAUCUUUAGGAUUCAAUGUCAGCAUGAUCACCACAUCUGGAACUAUUGCAAAUACUGGACCACCUCCAUCAUGUAAAAUGGCCAUAGUUCAGGCUAAUGGCAAGGAGAUCACAUCAGCUGAGGUUGGAGAUGACUUGCUGCUACGUGUUGAUGUCCAGCCAGACUAUAUUUAUGGUGGCUUUGCUAGAAGCUGUGUAGCUAAAACAACAGAUGACAAUGAGGAAAUAGAGUACCAAGUUACUGAUGACAAUGGAUGUGCAACAGAUCCAACUGUAUUUGGAAACUGGAUAAUUGAUCCAGAUACAAAAUUACUGGAAGCCCGCUUCAGUGCCUUUAAAUUUCCAACAAGUAACAACAUACGCUUCCAGUGUAAUAUACGUGUCUGUUUUGGAUCUUGCCCUCCGGUUAACUGUAAUGGUGUAUCUACUUAUGAAAGUAGACAUAAAAGACAGGCUCUGAAUGAGAAGUUUAUUCUGGGAGAGAAUUUUCAAGAAGGAACUCUGAGAGAGGAGAUUCAAGUACAAUCUAAUGCCAUUCUUACAUUGGAUCCCAAGAGUGAAAAAGUUUUUGAAUCUUUGGAUGAGCCAACAAUUUCCAAGAUCCAAAAUGUUUGCAUCCCAAGAUUAGGCUUUAUAAUAUCUUUGGUUGUCACUGGUCUAGUAGCUCUAGUAGCUGUAGCCAUAUCUAUUUCUUGUUGGCUAAUGGCUUAUAGAAAAACUUCAAAGCCCCCUAAUGGACCUUUACCUCAUCCAUUAGACUUUCCUAACCCAUUACACACAUCUUCAGAACCAAUAGUGGCUGAACCCACUCCAGAUUACUUCCCUACGCCCUGUCAUGGUUUUUAAAGGUAAACAAUUUUUAAAAAAUUGUGAAAGCUUGUCAGAAAACUGGACUUUUUGUAAUGGAUAUAUAAGACCAGAAAGUAGUAGUAAUAUCUGUCAUUUUGCAUGGCUCUGUAAAACAUAUAACUGUUUCACUUUUCCUGUUCAUUCCUUAGUGUUCUGAGAUAGAUGAUAUUAUCAGCUUGAAUAAUAUAAGGAAACCUUUUUAACUUAUUCAGUCAGUUACCAUAUAUAUUUCAAAGUCCUGGACUUGGUGCUAAAUCCUAAAAGUCUAGGAGUUGGGCUGACUCCUGUGUGUGUGUGUGUAUGUAUGUGUGUCACAUUGUGGGUUAUUGUUUACAAUAAAUGGGGCUCUGGAUACAGGUGGAGGUUAGGUAAGUGGUUGGAUUACUAAUAGCCAAUAGCUUUCUUUUCUCAAUGUUUCCCAGUAAUGCAUAUAGAGGUGUAGCUAUGCCCCAUGUUGUGCCAAAGUUAACGAGUCUUACUGUGUACCCUUACCAACUGGGCACAUAUUAUCUUGGGUCUAAAGAAAACAAAGCUAUUGGUAGUUAUGUCAAAUACUCUUGUCUUGUUUGAGAUAAACAUAAUUGUUUCUUGUAUUAUGACAAGAAAACUCUGCUUAUUAAGAAGAUAAAAAUGAUGAAAUUUGCUUUUUUUAAGGGUGCUGUUCAAAUGCAAUUUAACUCAGUGGCCCAGUUGUUAUUGUGCAACAAUUUGGGAGAUUCAUCAAAGAUAUGUUUGGUUAGAGUAGUAUUGUGGUUUCUCAUAAUUUUUUUGUUCUGUUUUUUUUUUUUUGUAGGGAGAAGGGCACUGUAUUGAUUUAGGAUCAUAAUUGCAUAUUCAACUUAUCACUGGAGUGAAAUUACAUUUGAUGGCAAAUAUUUUGUGGCAAUACUUAAUAUUUUGUAUUUGGUAAUUAAAAUCUACCAUUCUUUGUAUUGUUUAAGUUUAUUUACUGUUUGCUUCUGUUAUUUAUAGUCAACAUGGUAGACUGGCUUCUGCCACAAAAUUGAAUUUGAUAUUGGAUAUAGGCAUAAAAAAGAAAUAUUUCAUCAUUUCUAGUGUGAUAAACAUUGCAUUUAUUACAAUUUUCCUAGUUUAGUAUAAGUAUUAUUACCAGUUUCCUAGUUUAAUAUAAGUAUUAUUAGGUCUUAUGUCUGAGUAUUUUUUUUUAAAUGUCCAAGAGAAAGUUCACUAUUGUGAGUAAAAUAUUUUAUACUUUCUAAUAGUUUUCUUUAAUCUUUGAAGUCUCAGAACAUUUUGGAGAAUUAAGAAAAACAAUCUGAGAGCACACAAUCCUCAGUAAAUAUAAUAAUUUAGUUUCUUCAUUCUUUACAGCUUUUUGAGCAGGCUGUGUAUAAACACUGUUAAGCAUUAUAAAAUAAAAUUGUAUGAAAAGUAUUACAUUGUUUGUUAAAAUUAGGGCAUUAACUUAAAAUCUGAAAUGCUUGGAAUGAAAUUGAGCUUUCUCUUAACUACUUCCAGAAAUAAUUUUAUAUAAAUACAAGAAAGAUUCAUUUUAGACUGGUCUAAAAUUAUGUUAUUGCUUUAAGUAUAUUUUGGCAUGUGUUACAAAAAAGAAAUAGUAAUUGAUCAAUAGUAUUACAGGAAGAAAUACAUCCAUUUUUUAAACUUUUGUAUUAAUUUUUUAUCAGUAUUAUACAUUGUAUAUCAGCUGGCUUUUGUUCUAAGUGA